AUGAAGGUGAAGAAAUCGACUCGAUCAAAAGUUUCUACAGCAUGUGUCAAUUGCAGAAAGAGAAAAAUCAAAUGCACAGGUAAACAUCCAUGUACAAACUGCAUUUCUUAUGAUUGCACGUGUGUUUUUUUGAAAAAGCAUCUGCCUCAGAAGGAGAAUAGUUCCCGGCUUUUACCUAGUACAGCUGUUCCUCCGCCUUCUUCACAUCCCAAUGUAGAGGCAUCGGCAGAUGUACAGCAUCUUGAUACUGCGAUUAAACUAGAUAAUCAAUAUUACUUCAAAUUGAUGAACGAUCUGAUACAAACUCCGGUCUCUCCGAAUACGACACAUCCUUCUGAUGCUUCCAAUGAUCCUAAUAAUGACAAUAAUAUUCUCUUUAAAGAUGAUUCUAAAUAUCAAAACCAGCUGCUUGCGUAUCAAAAUAUCCUAACAAAUUUGUAUGCUCUACCGCCUUGUGAUGAUACUCAGCUUUUAAUUAACAAUAUUAAGUCGCAGCUGAAUAAUCUGAUUCAUAACUGGAAUCCCGGAAUAAAUUACCCCAAGCUUUCCAACUUCUCUCCCCACCCACAAAGGUCCAUAGAAACAUAUCUUUUAACCAAUAAAUAUAGAAAUAAAAUACACAUGACGAGGUUCUCCUUUUGGACAGACCAAAUGGUCAAAUCGCAAGGUUCAGAUUCAUUUCUGGCCACUACCCCACUAGUAGAUGAAGUAUUUGGUCUUUUCUCUCCAAUACAGGCGUUUUCAUUAAGAGGUAUAGGUUAUUUAAUAAAGAAAAAUCUCGAAAAUACGGGCUCACUGAUGCUAAUAGACACAAAAGAAACUAUUUACUUGAUAUUAAGAUUGUUUGACUUGUGUUAUGAGCAUUUGAUUCAAGGUUGCAUUUCUAUUUCUAAUCCUUUAGAGAACUAUCUCCAAAAAAAUAAGCAAACUCGUAGUACGACGGCACCUGCUAGUUUGCCCACUUCUCCGGCACCUCUAUCCAACGAUUUAGUCAUUUCCGUUAUUCAUCAACUACCUCAACCGUUUAUACAAUCGAUUACUGGCUUUACUACUGCUCAACUGAUAGAAAAUUUGUAUGACUCAUUUUCGAUGUUUCGAAUAGUUACCCAAAUGUAUGCUCAACAUAGGAAGCGCUUUGCGGAACUUUUAAAUCAUGCCUUCUCUUUGCCCCAUCAAAAAAAGUGUGCUUUAUUUUCAUCAUUCUGCUCUUCAGAAUAUCUUUUAUCCACUCUUUGCUACGCAUACUAUAAUGUCACCUUAUAUCACAUGUUAGAUAUAAACACUUUGGAUUACCUAGAGAUUUUAGUGUCAUUACUAGAAAUCCAAAAUGAAAUUGAUGAGCGUUUUGGAUUUGAAAAAAUGCUAGAAGUUGCGGUUACAUGCUCCACUAAGAUGGGGUUGUCUCGUUGGGAGUAUUAUGUUGGAAUAGACGAAAAUACUGCUGAAAGGAGAAGAAAAAUAUGGUGGAAGAUUUAUAGCCUGGAGAAGCGUUUUUUAACUGAUCUUGGAGAUUUAUCUUUAAUCAAUGAGCAUCAAAUAAAUUGUCUCUUGCCGAAGGACUUCAGGGACAUGGGAUUCAUCAAUCAUAAAGAAUUCUUAACGAAAAUCGGCACAUCCUCUUUAUCACCAUCAUCGCCCGAGUUAAAGAAUUUGUCAUUGUCCAAACUCAUUGAAUAUGGUGAGUUAGCGAUCGCCCAAAUAGUUGGAGAUUUCUUUUCAGAAACUCUCUAUAAUGAGAAAUUCACAUCUUUGGAAACAUCGGUGAAGCCCACGGUAAUCAGACAAAAGUUAUUAGAAAACGUUUUUGAGGAUAUUGAAUCUUUUAGGUUAAGAUUGGCCAAAAUAAAAUUUCACACCUCAAGGGUUUUCCAAAUAGCCCACUCUAGAUAUCCAGAAUAUUCCAAAAACGAUCUAUUUGAGGCAGCUAAAUUUGUAAGCUAUCAUAAAAAUACAUGGUUUUCUGUCUUGGGUGCUGUUAAUAAUUUAAUAGCUAGACUAUCUGAAGAUCCGGAGGCAAUCACUGAGCAAUCCUCGAAAUAUGCGGAUGAGAUGUGUCAAGAAUGGAGAGAAAUUAACCAAUUCUUAAUGCAGGUCGAUACUGAUUUUAUUGUUUGGGCUUGUUUAGACUUCUAUGAACUAAUAUUUUUCGUGGUGGCUUCGAAGUUUUAUGUAGGAGACCCGCACAUCACUUUAGAGGAUGUUAUUAACACUUUGAAAGUCUUCAAGAGGAUAACCAAUAUUAUUUCUUUUUUUAAUAAUAAUUUGGACGAAAAGGAUUACGACUGCCAAACUUUCAGGGAGUUUUCGAGAAGUUCGAGCUUAGUUGCCAUAUCGAUAAGAAUCAUGUUUUUGAAAUACUGCUAUGCUGAACAAAUUGAUAGAGCCGAAUUUAUCCAGCGUUUGAAAGAAGUUGAACCGAGUUUAAGUGACCUUUUGCGGGAGUUCUUUGACACUCGUUCUUUUAUUUACAAAUACAUGUUGAAAUCCGUCGAAAAAUCAGGCUUUCAUCUAACAAUUAGAAAAAUGUUAGAAAGCGACUAUAAAUUUUUGUAUAGGGACAAAUUGGCCACUGGAAAUAUUCCUGAUCAAGGAAAUUCAAACCAAAUUCUUCAGUUGUAUGACGCUGCUGUUCCUGCAUACAGCAAUUCUUCUACUUCACCAGCAAAUUCACCGUUGAAGUUAUCGUCUUUGUUGAACUCAGGAGAGGAAUCGUACACUCAAGACGCAUCUGAAAAUGUUCCACGUCAGGAUCGAUCAUCACAGCAAAUAAAAAGACAGCAAGCUGCGCCUAGUCAAAUAAGUGGUAAUGAAAAUAAUAUAUACAAUUUGGGCACUUUAGAGGAGUUUGUUAGCAGUGGUGAUUUAACUGACUUGUACCAUACUCUUUGGAGUGAUAAUAUUUCAAAUCCCUUCUUAUGA